AUGGCUUUCGAGGUUGUUAUCCCUUCGGAGAAAGAGAUCCCUGGCGUCGCCGAUGCCUUCUUUGCCGCCAUGGACAUUAACCUGCUGAUGCACUCGCAAUUCCCUACUUCAAAGAGCAAGGAGUUUAUGUAUCGAUGGCUUCUGAAGGAUACUAUUGAUCAUAUUCAAGGCGCCGAUAAGGGUGUUCUUGUCGCGCGUGAUCCAAAAACUGGGAAGAUAGCAAGUUUCGCCAAAUGGAAUAUCCAGCGGCAACCGCGGCUGGGAGAGGAGGACCACGAUGAUGAAGAGUUUCCAGAUUACUGUCGGCGUCAGUAUCUCGGGCCUUAUGCUGCCCUCACCAAGAGCAAAAGGGAUAAAGUCCUAGGUGAAAAACCGUAUUUCCACGUGACAUAUCUCUGCACAGAUCCUGAGUUUGGCGGUCGAGGGGCUGGAUCGAUUCUGCUUCGCCGAGUGCAGGCUGAGGCGGCUGCAGAAAACAUGCCAGUUAUCCUCGAGGCGACCAUGAACGCAGUGUCCUUCUAUGAGAAAUUGGGCUACCAGAUUCAGGACAAGCUUGAGAUGAUGCUCCCGGCGCGUGGCUCAGACAAACCAACUGAGCAUUAUGAAGAGAGAAUUAUGGUUUGGCAACAGGCACGCGAUUGA